AAAGCGGAAGUGGCAGGAGUGAAGGCGGAAGUCGUGAGGGUAAACAAACACACGGAACCAUGACGGCUCGUUGUUUGUUGAACAGAACCGCUGCGGUGUUUCAGCUCAGCUUCAGAACCACGACGCUCAGAACCGGGACCCGUUCUUACUCCGACACCGAACCCGAGCCGCUGACGCUGAAACACCAGAGCGACGGAAUCAGGAGGAUAAUCCUGAAUAAUCCAAAGAAGAGGAACGCUCUGUCUCUGUCGAUGCUGGAGUCUCUGAGAGAAAACAUUGUGACUGACGUCGACAGCGACGACCUCAGAGUUAUCAUCAUCUCAGCCAAAGGUCCAGUGUUUUCCUCUGGACACGACUUGAAGGAGUUGACGUCGACUCAGGGACGAGGACAUCACACCAAAGUGUUUGACAUGUGUUCACAGGUCAUGACCCUGAUCCAGGACAUCCCUGUCCCGGUGGUUGCCAUGGUGAAUGGUGUUGCCACAGCGGCUGGUUGUCAGCUUGUCGCCAGCUGUGACAUCGCCGUGGCGACAGAGAACUCCACUUUUGCCACGCCGGGGGUCAACGUGGGCCUGUUCUGUUCGACGCCGGCGGUCGCCAUCGGCAGAGCCGUGCCGAGGAAGGUUGCCAUGGAGAUGCUGUUCACCGGAACACCCAUCUCGGCCCAUGAUGCUUUGCUGCACGGUCUGGUGAGUAAGGUGGUGCCAGAGGAGCGGCUGGAGGCGGAGACGUUAGCCAUCGCGCGGCGUGUGUGCGCGGCGAGUCGACCCGUCGUCGCUCUGGGCAAAGCCACUUUCCAAAGACAAAUGGCUCAAGGUCGGGACGCGGCGUACGCCACGGCCUCCGCCGUCAUGGUGGACAACCUGAGCCUGAGAGACGGACAGGAGGGAAUCAGAGCCUUCAUCGAGAAACGCAAACCUGUGUGGAGCCACAGCAGUGAGAGAGCCCACGACUGAUGACCACACGGGGGCGCUGCAGUCAGUCACAACACAUGAGGGUUUCAGUGAAGAUGAGGACGAUUAAAGACAGUAGCAGUGUUAAUGACGUAACAGAUGGUGUUGAAUGUAUUAUAUAAUGGUUUAAAUGGGUAACUUUGACUUUUAUCAUCAGUGUUCGUUGUGUCACUUUAACGUCUGGAUGAAAAAUACAUUUUCUGUUCAAUCAUCAGCACAAAAUAUUUAAAUAACUGCCAAAAUAUCUUGUAUGUGAGUAUUAAAGGUAUUGGCCUUUUUGAAAUGUUCAUGCAGUGAACGUAUGUAAUAAUAAUAAUCAUUAUUAUAUAAUUAAUAUAAUUAUCAAACUUUCAAAGAGUAAUAAAAUAAACAACUCUAUUUUAAAAUGAUAAAUAUUAUAUUCAUUUCCACAAAGAUUGACUUUAAAUGAAACUGGUUCUGGUGUUUGUCGAUUGUGGGAUGUUUUCUUUUCAUGUUUGUAUUAAUUAUGUAUUUUCAGAAGAGAAACAAAACAAUAUUUCAGAAGCAGAACUGAAAUAAUUGAUAACGUAAAGCUUGAAGUGAUUGUAAUAGGUGUUUUUUUUUUAAGCUAAGCUAACAGGCUAACAGUCCUACAAAGUAUUACUCAUGUAUGUGCAUUUCACGUACAGUUAUAUGGAAUGUUUGGGUUAAAUAAGCUGAUUAAAAAGUAUUUUAAUAAAA